AUGUAUCCAAAACAUGCCACAAACUUCCAAACUGACGCUCAAACCUUUCCGAUGGCCAAAAAUGGCCCUGUAAAAGAGUCGCCAAAAAGCCAGGGAAAAAUCACCGACUUCUGGAAGGCGAAAACGCCGAACAAAAGCGCCGUUGAAGAUCAAGAUCAGCCGCUGAAAAAAUCCCCCAAAAAGACAGCGAAAACGAUGACAGAAAAGUCCUCCCCUGAAAAAAUGCCUGGUAAAAAAGCUGGAAGCCCUGGUGACAAGCGGCUUGAAAAACUCGGCCAAAAAGAGCCCGUUAAAUCGAAAAUUCCAAAAAUGGAUGACGGCACGUCGAAGUUCUCUGUUGGGAGCGUCAGAGCUGUUUUAAACAGAGCCAAGUACGUUUUAAUCCUCUUUUCUAGCGACUAA